UUCGACCAUAACUCAACAAUACAAUUAACUGACGCAUAUCGAAUUUAUAUUUUGAAAAAAAGCUUGUUGGAUGCUAUCUCUUUCCUUCCCAGAAUGCCUCCCACUGUGUGCAUCACGCGAAGCGAUAUUAUCGCGAAAUCUUCUGCCUGGUGCUCGUGAUUACUGUGUUGAAGGUCUCUCCAAGCCCGGCUGAGUUUAAGCCAUGGGCACAGUUGUAGAAAGUUCGACAUCCUACACCAUUGAAACCAUUCCAGGAGGCGAGCCUCUUGGAAUGGAAACUGGCGCUAUCCCGGAUGAAAAUAUAACCGCUUCCUCCUCUGCAGGCCCCGCGCCACCGAAGUUAGCCCGGCUGAACGGGCUGUCCGCCUGGUGCGCAGGCAAGGCUGAUGACUGCUUUUUACAGGUCAACCUCGGAGGUCUUCAUUUGCUGUGUGCUGUAGCAACUCAAGGCAAUCCUGGCGGGAACAGAGAUUACGUGAAACGAUACAAACUCAUGUCUUCUGCAGAUGGUGAAAACUGGACAACUUACGAGGAGAAUGGAAAUACUAUCAUCGAUGGCAACACGAACAACUGGGGUGUAAAUAAGAAGGAAUUGGAAAAAGAGAUUAUCACUCGUUACGUGCGGUUUUGCCCUGUCGACUGGUACUGUUGGCCAUGUAUGAGAGUGGAGCUGUACGGAGCUGCGCUGAACAUAGGAGAUAAAUUCCCAACUGUUGAGUCUGAUGACGGAGGCAGUUACGUUGUGGAGAAAGUUCUAGUGACAUCGUACGAAACGCGUGCUGAUGAAACUGGAGACCCGGACGAAGACUCAUUGAAGGAACAGGAGAAGAAACUAAUUCGGGAGGCGAAGGAAAGGCAGCGAAUAGAAGAAGAACAGCGAAACAGAUUGGAAGAAAUUCAAAUUAUUAUUGAACAAGAAGAAGUUAAAAGAAGGCCUUCCGUCGAAGACAUGGAUAUAAACGAACGGAAGGAAGCCGAGGCUCGAAUUCAAUUGGUUCUCAACGAAGAAAGGACGAUGGAGAGGCGAGAGAAACCCGACGGCGAGGAUGUAUCUCAACCUGAUGUCGAGGAGGAAAAACAUGAUCGUGUCACCAGGGAGUAUAACAGAAUCGACGAAGAGCAUCGUAAGCGAAUGGAAGCACUUACGGCGAUACUAGGUGAAGAUGAAGAACGUAGAAAGAAAGAAAAGGAAGAAAGAAGGUUGGCUGAAGAGGAGGCAAGGAAAAAGAGAGAGGAAGACAGACGUAAAAAGGAAGAAGAAUUAAAGCAAAAGCGUGAAGAAGAAAGACGUAAAUGGGAAGAGGAGCAUCGAAAAUGGGAAGAGGAGAGAAAAAAACGAGAUAAGGAACUUGAAGCUGUGCUGGAGGAGGGCAGGAGAAAGCGAGCAGAGGAGCGUAGGAAACGAGAGGAGGAACUGAAGAAGGCACGAGAGGAGGAGAGGAGGAAGCGAGAAGAAGAACGAAAGAAACGCAUGGAAGAGGAGAUGAAGAAACUGGAGGAACUGAAGAGAGAGAGGGAAGAGAGGUGGAAUAAGAAGACAGAGGUGGUCAUAUCUGACAUUGACCUGUCAAUAAAACCAAAACAAGACGAGGAAGAUACCAAAAAUCGACAAGACGAGAAAAAGAAGAAAGAAGAAGGAUGGAUGAAAAGAGUGGAAACGCCACGCUUAGUCGAGGAAGAAAUGAAAAAAUUCAGAGACGAAGAACGGAAGCGUCUCGAGGAGGAACGGAAGAAGUUACAGGAGAAAGAAAUUGCCCAGGUAGAAGCGGAAAAGGAGUUCAAAUCGGAGAUAAGAGUUUUGAGGCAGGAGAAGCCAGAGACGAUAACAAAGGUUUCUGUUGCAACAAUCCAGUUAGCUUCUGCCCCGGACCUUGGGGAAGAGAAACGAAGGAUUAAAUGGAAAAUGGAGAAAAUUGAACAGGACCGAUUACUGAGAGAACAGGAAGAGAAGAAGCGACGGGAAGAAGCUGAAAGAAAGAGAAAAGAAGACGAAGAGAGGACGAAGCAAGAGGAAGAACGAAGGCGGAGAGAUGAGGAGGCAGAAAAGGAGAGGCUCAAGGAGGAGCUGAAACUGAAAAAAGAGGCUGAAGAGAGAGAGAAGAGGGAAGAGGAAGAACGUAAGCGACAGGAGGAGGAGCUACGGCGGCGGAUGACGCUCGAGGAGAGAAGAAAAAAAUUAGAAGAGGAUAGGAAGAAACGAGAGGACGAAGAGCGAAUCUGGAGGCGUGAAAUGGAGGAAAGAAAGAAAAGAGAGGAAGAGGAAAAACGUAAACAGGUGGAAAGCAAGAGACUCAAACGUCUUAGCAUUGAACGAAAGAAGUUUGAAGAAGAUGAGAAGAAGCGUUUGGAUGCUAUUGAACGCAAACGGCUUGAAGAUGAAGAGAGGGAGCGACUGGAAGAUGAACAAAGACGACGCGAGGAGAGGGAGAGGUGGAAAAUGAAGCAAGCAGAGCGAAGGAGAAGUGGCGAGAUUUUCCGCCAUAAAAGUGAAGAAGAUUUGCGGAAAAGAGAGGAGAGGUAUUCAUGGAAGGAAAGGCAAAGAAAGCAGAGGGACAGCAAAAGUUUUGAGACGAAGUGGGAGUUCAUAAAUGGCGAGCGAGUUGAAGUACCAGUUGACGAGUCAUUUGUGUCGCUGGUGAGUGACACAUCGUACAGUGAACCCUCAGAAGUGUUCGAGGACGAGACUCCUAGUGCUAAAUAUGUAAUGGUGAACACUGUUGAGACCACGAGAACACAGGACACAACACCAAACGUUGAUGAAAAGGACUCAGCAAGAACGACCUCCACCAUCCGUGUCAUUACCACAACAACAACAAAAACACGCACGAAGUACCGAGAACCAAAAGAGAAACAUCCCAGUGUUACUUCAGAAGAGACGUCGCUAAAUGGACAGGUGUUGCCGUACAGGUCCCAACCGCGCUGCGAUCAUUUGCUUCCUAGAGAUGCCUCUGUGCAGGAAGCGGAAGAAAUGAGCUUUCUCGACAAAAUUGAAGAAGGCGAAGGCAAACUCAGGCCAUUUCCGAGCUGGUACGGGGGACUGGACAUGGGUAGCCUACCGCACCUGUAUUUUCCUACUAGUCCAAUCCGGGACUCUGAUAUUGACCUACUGCUGAGCAUAGAGAACGAGGGCCUGAAAUCUUGGAAGCGAGUCAAAAAGUCUGGAGAGCUGGAAAUUUACUCGCGGAAAGGACUGGAGAGAGGAAGUCCACCUGUUACCAGGGCUGUAAUGGUAUUGAAAGACAUUCCCUACAGAGAUGCUAUUGAUUUAGUCUCUGACUGGGAUGAACGAACCAAAUGGGACAAGACAUUUGACGGUAUCUCAUUCCUUGAUCAGAUGGCCGACUUCAAACUCCUUAAAUGUUCUCAGAAGAAGAAAAAUCGCUGUGUAGUGUUAGCAAGCCUGGAUCGUGAAGACGAGGAACCUUGUUACGCGUGGGCUUGGAAAGGGUCCAGUCAUCCGAGCGUCCCUGGGGAGGAUACUAAAGUCACAGUUAUGAGAUUGGAGACUGGUAUUUGCGGCGCAGUCAUUCGUCCAUAUCACGACGCCACCAGAUCCUCCAAAAUCACACUCAUUACACAGAUACGAGGCUCUGUACCCAGUCCACUGAAGAGCACGUACCUCACGGGCAACCCGAGUAAGUGGCUGCUUUGGCUGAAGAAACAUCACACAUCACAAGUGAAGAGCACCAUGGAAAAGGAAGGAGACGAUAACAACAAAGACGACGCUUCUUCAGCGUCCUCGAAGUCGGAUAAGCAGGACUCAUGAGUAUAGAGCUUACUUUAAAGGGACAAAUCGUUAGAAUAUCGCAGCGUUCUAGAGGUGGCUUGUUUUAAAAUUUUUAAAAGGCAGUUUUUGGUGAUACAAUCUUAGGCUGAGGUUAAUUGAUAACUUUUAUACCGAAUUCAUAGACGACAGGUUAAUCAGUUGUCAUUUUCUCUUCUUUGGUCUUAAACCAGUUGGAAGCGAACGUGAGAUAUACCCGAGAAAAGGUGCAACUGAGUGUCGCGGGCUCAGAGGUUGGUUUUUGUGGUCGGUCCGUGCGCUCCUCUCUGCGCUGUUAUAAACUUAGGAAGCAAAAUGAACUGGUCGCAGUAUAAUAAUUAUACUAAUACCAAUGCUGACAAAAGGUACUGACGAAAAAGGUUUUUAAUAUCCCUCCAGUAUGUAGGCUUGAGUCACCUUCAAUGUAGUAAUCAGAAUAAGAAAUGCAGGUUUUCAUACUAAACUGAAAAGUGUUGGGGUUUCACAAGAUGAGCCAGUAUUCACGGCUGUAAAUUUUUUGUACAACUAACUCAGUGUUGCUGAAGUUAAACAGAAAACAAAAAAACUUGUUUUUGUUUGCUAUUCAAUAUGCCAACCUAAACCUUCGGGAAAGCUAAUUUAAAUCAUGCACACUUUUGUGAUAAGUCAAUUUUGUAGUGAACGAAAAAUGCCAGCUAUUGGGAUCCGAGAGUGACAUUUUGCUACUUAAACCUAACAGCAACUUAUUUUUCCAGCUGAAAAAUCGAAAACAUCAAAUUCAACAAGUAACAAUAUUUAAACACACAAAAUCACGAUUAAGGGCGUUUGCAAAUGUUGCCGUUGGACAUCUCCAAUAAAAGCAGUUUUCAAACGGUGGGGUGGCCCCCUCACUCGCGCCGGAGUGGCAACCUUUUAAAUUUUUUGAAACGCCCCAUGAAUCUGUAGCGGUAUACUAUCAGUCUGGAAAUUAGAAAUCUGUUGCUCCCCUAAUUUGUCCUUUUAGCAGUCUCUGGACUCACUAUUACAAAUUUCCUGACAAAAAAAAGUUUCGUCGAGGCUCACAAACACGUGAUUGUACCGUUCCGUAAGGUAAGUGCACGUGACGGGUCCACAUUACACAUUUUGGUUACAUAAUAUUAGGAAUAGUGAUGGUGCAGCAUGUAUGAUGUAGUAUUAAAUCUGAUGUGAGAAGCGAAGCGAGAAAAAGUUUCAAAGAUGUAAGUAGUUAGAAUAUUGUUUAACUUUAAGAGCGUGUAAGCAAAGCUUGCAAUAUGUGAAUUUUUCCCUAAGGAGAUUGCGUGAUGCGCCCUCUUAUGUCACGCAUUUUUUACUCUCCUUAUGCUAACUGCGCGAUCUGCUUUUAAAUCAGGACUGCUGUCUGGGGGUAAAGAAAAUAUUUUAAUUCGAUUUUCUUUUAGUUUUGAAUAUAAUCGCCUUGGAUUGUACGUGUUUUUAUGGACGUUUUAAUCGAUAUACAUCACUAAAAUUGUGUGGGUAGAGAAAUCGGGUGGGCACACCCAAAUUCUUUUCGUGUCAGUUAAACCGUGUGAAUGGU